GAUAUCCUGGUUUCCUACUCUACAACCUUCGUGUAUAUCUAUUGACUUGUAUUAACCUAAGGUUCUUGAGAAUGCCCACUGCCGAUCCCAAAGCUAUUAUUAAAAAUGUCGACAUGGCCGAGGACAUGCAGGCUGAUGUUAUUGAAGUUGCACUUCAGGCACAAGAAAAGUUCAACGUGGAGAAGGAUAUAGCGGCAUUUAUUAAAAAGGAGUUCGAUAAGAAAUAUCAGCCGACUUGGCAUUGCAUCGUGGGUCGCAAUUAUGGCAGCUACGUCACCCAUGAGGCUCAUUGCUUCAUCUAUUUUUAUCUUGGUCAGACAGCUAUUCUUCUGUUUAAAGCAGGCUAAAAAACAGCAGUGUGAAGUAAGCCUUCAUUUUUUUUGUCCGCUCGCUUAACAAGCACUGAAGGAGUGGCUCAUAAUAGACACCUAUUGUUUCGCUGCCACGGAAUGGAAUCGUAGAAUUAUUAUUUUAAGAAAGGUAAGAAAAAAAUAAAAAAGAGUUCAGAUUGUGUGUUCUCUUUGUUUCGACUUUUUUGUUUUAUAAGAAAAACAACUGAACGAAUUCUAUGAAGUAUGAACUUAUCAACAUUUGAAGUUGAAUUAGGAAUGUCGUCCUCACACCUAGAUAAUCUUUAUGAUGCGAAAAAUAAUUUAUGAUAGGUGGCUUUGAGCGGGGGAGGGAUGGAGAAAAGAUAAUGUAUUUCCUUCUUUCACUUGUCCAUUAUGUUUUCUGUUUUAGCAUGCGAUGUAUAUGAAAAGAGACUAAUCGGGAAACGAUUGUAACCUUUGGGAAUAUAUAUAUAUAUAUAUAUCGCCAAGAACGCUAGAUUCGGGACUAAAGUACUUUGAAUGUGGGGAAAAGGGAUUUAAAACAGAACAGUGGCAAUAUACAAGCUACUUUCCCUCAGGGGAAGUUUUUUUGCAAUGAGUAUGCCAUUUGGUAAAAGAAAUGGAUUUGACUUUUUAAAUACUUUGCUCUAUUAAUUCAAUGUACUUUAUUUUUACCCAAUUGGUUACUCUACGACAAGAAAAAGAUUAAGAACACAAUAUGGUAGAUGGAAAAUAGCAGUAACCACAUUUUCCAGACGUUUUUUCUGUAAA